AUGCCGUCUUUCCCUGCGGCAAACUCCCCGCCCCCCACGCUGCGGCCCCGCCCUCCCGGCCCCGCCCCACCCCACCCAGCAGGUCACCCAGAUGGCUCAGUGGGGGAAUGUCUGCGGGAUCGGGUGAAAGGCUGGGACGGUGUGGGCGUGGGGGGGUCGAUGUCCUUCGGUGUCCCUGGGUCACAGGCUGAUGGAGGAGGGAGCAAGGAGACUGCCGAGAAGAGGAAAAGGGUGGGUGAGCAGCCGGGUGUGCAGCUAAGCCUGCUGCUGCUGCUGCUGUUGCUGCCGCCGGGCCACCUGCCCACCCUUGUCCUUGAGGACCCCACCUUCCCCCACCUGGGGGAGAGCUCGCAGCCCCCACCCCGGGCCUGUCCCUGGCGCUGCUCCUGUCCCCAGGUGGACACCGUGGACUGCGCCAACCUGGACCUGCAGGUGUUCCCCAACAACAUCACCAAGGCUGCUCGGUACCUCAAACUGCAGAACAACCAGCUCCAGGAGUUACCCUACAAUGAGUUGUCCCGCCUCAGUGGCCUGCAGACCCUGGACCUGCACGGCAACCUCAUUUCCUCCGAGGGCCUGCCCGAUGAGGCCUUUGAGUCGCUUCCCCAGCUCCAGUACCUCUAUGUGGCCCACAACAAGCUCUCCAUGGCACCCCAAUUCCUGCCCCGCUCCCUGCGUGUUGCGGACCUGGCCGCCAACCACGUGAUGGAGAUUUUCCCGCUCACCUUUGGAGAGAAGCCAGCGCUCAGGUCUGUGUACCUCCACAACAACCAACUGAGCAACGCUGGCCUGCCACCUGAUGCCUUCCAGGGCUCCGAGGCUGUCACCACCCUCAGUCUCUCCAGCAACCGGCUCACCUACCUGCCACCCAGCCUGCCCGCCUCGCUCGAGCGGCUCCACCUGCAGAACAACCUCAUCUCCAAGGUGCCUCGGGGAGCCCUGAGCCGCCAGACCCACCUCCGUGAGCUCUACCUGCAGCACAACCUGUUGACCGACAGUGGCCUGGACGCCACCACAUUCAGCAAGCUGCGCAGCCUGGAGUACCUGGACCUGUCCUACAACCUGCUGACCACUGUGCCUGCCGGCCUGCCCCGGACUCUGGCCGUGCUGCACCUGGGCCGGAACCGCAUUCGGCAGGUGGAGAUGGAGCAGCUGCGGGGCGCGCGGGGCCUGCGCUACCUGUUGCUCCAACACAAUGAGCUGGGGACCUCGGGGCUGCCCGCCAGGGCACUGCGGCCACUGCGGGACCUGCACACGCUGCAUCUCUACAGCAACAGGCUGGACCGUGUGCCCCGGGGGCUGCCCCGCCGCCUGCAGGCCCUGGUAAUGCUGCACAAUCGUGUGGCCACGCUGGAUGCCCGGGACCUGGCCGCGACCCCCGACCUGGCCGAGCUCAACCUGGCCUACAACCGCCUGGUCAGCGCCCGUGUGCACCGCCGUGCCUUCUGCCGGCUGCGUGCCCUGCAGAGCCUCGACCUGACCGGCAACCAGCUGACGCGGCUGCCCACGGGCCUCCCCACCAGCCUCCGGGUCCUGAGGCUGCAACGCAACCAGCUGCGUGCCCUGGAGCCCGAGCCGCUGGCUGGCCUGGACCAGCUGCGGGAACUCGGCCUGGCACACAACCGGCUCCGUGUUGGCGACAUUGGGCCUGGCACCUGGCACCAGCUGCAGGAGCUGAAGGUGCUGGACCUGAGCCACAAUGAGCUGUCCUUUGUGCCUCCCGACCUGCCCGAGGCCCUGGAGGAGCUGCACCUGCAGGGCAACCGCAUCAGUCACGUGGGGCCUGAGGCCUUCCUCAGCACACCCCACCUGCGCGCCCUCUUCCUCAGGGCUAACAAGCUACAUAUGACAAGCAUCUCGGCCGAGGCCUUCCUGGGGCUCACACACCUGCGUGUGGUGGACACGGCCGAUAACCCAGAGCAGGUGCUGGUUACACUGCCACCCUCGGCGUCACAACAGCUGCGAGCAGGGGGCUCCUGA